GUCCAAUCCUUUUUUAUUUGUGAAAAAUAUCUAGGCUUUAUACUCGGUUUUAAAGUAAUUCCAAAUGUUUUCAACUAUAUAUUCAUUUUUGUGUUUUAGACUUGCUGUUGUACUGUCAGCUACAUUCCUUAAAAUGCUUGCUAAAUUUGUAUUUCCAAUAACUUGCAAUGUUUCUAAAUCAUUUUCAAACAAACCAAUUAUUGACUCCAACGCUUGGUGCAUUGAUGUUGUCUUUUUCUUUUCUGGUUCAAGCUUUGUAAAACUCCUCUUUUUGAUUUGUGGGUUCAGAGGUUGCGUAUGGACAGCAUCAGCAAUAACUAUCAUGAUUUUGGAUCCCAAAACAGCAUCAUUUGUAUCUUUACAGUUGCUAUUAACAAACGUAUAUAUUGUAUAUGGCUGUAAAUUGCUAGACGCAGUAAAAUCGCUGAAACAUCUGGCAAGACAAAACGUGCUAAUGUGAGAGAAUUUUGAUCUAAGUUGCCGAAUGUGAUUGAUCGGAUCCAAGCAUCUU